AUGGGACACAGUACUCUCCAAACACAAACAUUAACCACUGCUCAACAAACAACAACAAACACAACAUACUCUCCGACCAAUGCAAACACACUCAUGCCAAACACGGAAACUUCACACCAGCACCCACACAACACACAGUUACACACACAAAACAUAACGCAAGAAAUAUACCCGACACAACACAGCACAUCUACAACAACACCCACACACGCAACAUCAGCACAUUCUCCAAACCAAACACAAAACAAUACACAAGAAACAAACUCAUCACAACACAACAUCAUUACUUACACUACAACAGCACUCAUACACGCACCACCCCCACUUUAUCGAAACGAAACACAUAACACACCACCCAUUGCUCGGUUAACAAGCCUCACACAAGAUCAAAUAUCAAGACCAUCAGAUGUCUCAAACAAAACACAAAACACUUCACAAGAAACACAACAUAGUAUAACUUUAUUAACCACAACACCCAUACACGUACCACCACCAAUAAAUCAAAACCUCACACAAAACACUUCACCCAUUGUAAGACUCAUAAGACUCACACAUGGCCAAAUUGCACACUAUUCAAAACCGACGGAGAACGUCCCAAUCGCUCAUCGAACGCGAAAGCGAGCACAACACAAUACAACACCACACACAUCACCCAAAAGGCGAGGUCGCUGA